AUGUUAUUUGGUAAUAGUGUCAAAGUUUGGCUCAUCAUUGGCCUUUCCAUUAUUGUAAUUCUUCAAAAUACUAUAACUUGGCUAUUGAAACCAGGUUAUGGUUCGUCGGCAUCACUGUUGCGAUAUGAUGAUUUUCUUUUUGAUAUUGUAUAUACAUAUGUCAAUGGCAGUAAUGAAGAGUAUAUUCGGCAGAAAUACUAUUGGUUUUCCAUUGAUCGACCACUUCUGGGCAGUGAUCGUCUUCAAGAAGACCACAGUGUUUCAUCAAGUCUAUCGAAAGACAAUAAUGAACUUUGUUUUUCAUUACGAAGUCUUGAAAAAUUUAUGCCUUCAUUUCAGGGACAUAUUUAUGUUGUAACUGAUCAGAUACCAAAUUGGCUCAAUGUUUCAAUGUCACAAUCCCAACUUCGUGUGAUCUCAACACGAGAAAUAAUCGACAAUAGAUACCUUCCAACAUUUAAUUCUCAUGCUAUCGAAGCCAAUCUUCACAAAAUACCACAUUUAAAGGAAUUUUAUCUCUAUUUUAACGAUGAUUAUAUACUUGGGAGUCCAGUUUUCAUUGAAGAUUUUUUUACGGAUGGAAGAUGUCCGGUGAUUUAUGGUGACGAUCGUUUAACAUCGAACACUAAUAUUACAUUAAAUAUUCAUAAGAAAGCAAUGCUAAAUACAAAUGCUUUACUGGAUGGUCUUCUUUCUGAAAUAGAUGCAUUUGUUAACGAGAGUGAUCGGCGUUUUCUUCCGCAUGCUCCACAUCCUAUUCGAAAAUCGAUUGCUGAAGAUGUUUGGGUAUCUAAAUUUGCUGAUAUUCAACGUGAGCAAUCAUCUCAUCGAUUUCGCGACAUGAAUGACGUUCAUCCAACCUAUUUCGUUUCACGAUUUUUAAUUGAACAGUCAAAUGCUUGUGUAGAACAACGACGAAUGAAAAGUGGAUGUCCCCCAAACAGACAAGAUUUUUGUAAUCACGUACUGACGAAUAACUAUUCGAGAGUAACACAAUUUUUUGACCGGCUCCGUUCACGAUCACGAAUGCCGAAAUUUUUGAGUAUUAACGAUCGUACAACUACAAAUUAUACGUAUCAGGACAUAAUUCAUUGGGAAUUUCAAAGCUUUUUAAAAGAAAUGUUUCCUCAAAAAAGUAAAUUUGAGUCGAAAGAUUGUACAAUAUGAAAGGAUAGUAAAAUGUUUACUAAUAAAUAGACAAUGAGGGAGAAAAAGCAAAACGAUGAAUGUUAAUGUGUCUCUUAUCAGCAAGUCAAUUAAGCAAGAGUAUAUACCGUUUAUACUUCUUUCAACCAACGAUUUUUGAAAUCAUAUGCAACAUCCUAGUUAUCCAGGUUAUUCUUGUCCUGGACAAAGUGUAUGAGUUAAGGAUGAAAGUAUGACUUACGAGGGAAGGUCACCAAGUGUUCAAUCGCUUUUAAGCCAGAACUAUGUGUGUUAUGUAGACCCCAGUGAGGUAUGAUAAACUCCAAAAUGAUAAGAGCGGAUAGGCCUUCUGUCCAGAGUUAUAGUCAUUUUACUGAAAUUUUAGCCUCUGACAUAGUAUAUAUCAACAAAUCGAA